AUGAUGAGUAGUAUUCGUAAUGUUCCUGUUGAUAUAGCAUCUGCACGUAUUUCACAUUUUCUUCAAACACAUAAUUAUGAUGAUUGUGCUAUUUAUAUUAAUCGUCUUAGUUCAAAUACAUUCCGUAAAAUUUUAUCCAAUCAUUUAUCAAUUGAUAUAUUACUCGCUCAGCUACCAUUUUCAAUUGAAAUUUUUGAAGUAAUCUAUUCAAAAAUAUUUAUUUAUGAUCCAGAUAUGUUUCCUAUACGUAUACUUAAACCUGAAAAAAUUAUUUCAAAAAUGAUUAGUUUAUUUGCAUCAACAUUUAUAGAAAAAUCAACAACAUCAUCAACAUCAGCAACAUCUUUAAUAUCAAAAACAAAAGAUAUUGGUAUGGAUGAUGAACGUUUAUUAACAAAUUUAUCUAGUAUACUUCGAAUUAUAUCUUAUAUACAACCAAUUUUAUUUAAACGUCUUUUACAUCAAAAAGAUACAAUUGAUGAAUGUAUUCUUUAUUUUGAACAAGAUCAUUCAAAUACAAUAAAUACAUAUUCAUUAAAAAAAUCUUCAUCAACAUCAUCAUUAGUACAAAAAAAUCUUGAAGGUACCAUACGUCAAGAAUUAGAAUCAACAAUUGUUUGUUGUCAACAAGCAUUACAUAAUCUUGAAACAAAAUCAACAACAUCUCGAACUUUACCAUCGACAUAUUCAACACCAAUAACAACAAGAAAAUAUUCAACUAUAUCAACAACACAUACACCAAGUUCAUGUGAUGAUAUUCAAAAUCGUCUAUUUCAACAUAAAGCUAUAUUAAAUUUAAUCGAACCAUAUUUAUCUCGUGCAAAACUUCAUGCAGUUAUGGAUAAUCUUGAAUAUAAAGUUUUCAUUGAUAAACAAAUAUUACUUGCUUAUUCACAUAUAAAAUCACAUGAAAAACAAAUUCCUCCUGGUGAACUACUUUUGCCAUUAUUUAAACGAUUUGCAUUCGCUUAUGAACGUAUUAUUCAAUUGUGGAGACGAGUUACUGACAGUACGUUGAUUGACGAAUGUAUUGAUGACAUUAUAAUUAACAAUACAGCUGCUAAAGAUUCUAGUGGAUUUUAUUUCGAAAGAGCACGUUCGCAAGAACCACGACCAUGUCGAAAUCGAUAUGACACUGAACUUCUAUUAUACAAAGAUGAUAUGGCUUUUAAGAAUGUACGAACAAGUAAAAAUAAUUUAUGUCAUAAAUAA